UCAUAUAUAUAUAUAGUAGCGGACCGUACACGCCACCGACAAGGCGGCUGCCUGCCUGCCUCUAUCCGGAAAAAAUAACGAGAAUGGCCGCGACGUCGCUGCUGGCUGAAAAUCCAAUAGCCCAACAUGAACGAUGCAAUCAGCAAGAGCAAAUCGCCGGCGAUUGGUAUUCAGUACCAGAUCUUAGCCUCCGCGACAACCGCUUCAACGUACCCCUCGACUACUCUGAUCCCAACUCCGCCAAGAUUACAGUCUUCGCGCGCGAAGUCGUCGCAGCUGGAAAGGAAAAGCAAAUGUUACCAUAUUUAUUAUUCUUACAAGGUGGACCAGGCUUUGAGAGUCCUCGUCCUACGGAAGCCAGUGGAUGGAUAAAGAAAGCAUGUGAAGAUCAUCAUGUUGUUUUGCUAGAUCAGCGUGGGACAGGAUUAUCUACUCCUUUGACAGUGUCGUCUCUUUCCCAAUUUAAAUCUUCAACAGACUUAGUUAACUAUCUCAAGCAUUUUCGGGCAGAUAAUAUAGUCAGAGAUGCUGAAUUUAUUCGUACUCGUCUGGUAUCUGAUGCUGCUCCUUGGACAAUUUUAGGGCAGAGUUAUGGAGGGUUUUGUGCUGUUACCUAUUUGAGUUUUGCUCCAGAUGGCCUGAAGUCUGUUUUACUAACUGGAGGUAUCCCUCCAAUCGGAAAUGGUUGCACGGCAGAUACAGUAUAUAGGGCCUGCUUUGAGCAGGUUGUUCAUCAGAAUGAGAAAUAUUAUAGAAGAUUCCCCCAAGAUAUCCCUGUUGUUUGUGAACUAGUUAACUUCUUAAAUGAAGCUGAAGGUGGAGGGGUCUCUCUCCCGUCUGGAGGAAUUCUGACUCCUAAGGGUCUGCAAAUUCUUGGACUUGCAGGUUUAGGAUCUGGUGGUGGAUUUGAACGUCUGCAUUACAUGUUUGAAAGGAUCUGGGAUCCUGUGUUAUUUCCCGGAGGAGAGAAGCAAAUAAGUUAUUACUUCUUGAAGGCUUUUGAAAAUUGGGUAGAGUUUGAUACAAAUCCUCUCUAUGCUCUUCUGCAUGAAUCUAUAUAUUGCCAGGGUGCUUCAUCACAGUGGUCUGCUCAUAAAUUAAGAGGUGAAUAUGAAAGCAUAUUUGACCCCAUCAGAGCUGCUAAAGAAAUUCGCCCUGUAUUUUUUACUGGAGAGAUGAUAUUCCCAUGGAUGUUCGAUGAGUUCCAUGCUUUAAAACCAUUCAGAGAAGCUGCUCACUUAUUAGCUGAAAAAGACGAUUGGCCGCCACUUUAUGAUGUCAAAGUGCUCAACAAUAAUAAGGUUCCUGUAGCUGCUGCGGUUUACUUUGAAGAUAUGUAUGUAAACUUCCACCUUGCUAUGGAAACAGCAUCAGAGAUAUGUGGGAUUAGACUUUGGGUAACCAAUGAGCACAUGCACUCAGGACUUCGAGAUAGUGGAUCUCAAGUUUUUGAUCAGUUGAUGGGAAUGUUGCAGGGAAAGAAACCCUGGUUUUAGUAAGAAUGGGAUGAUUUGUACCUGUAGAUGUUUAUAAUGGGAUUGCAAUUUUAUUAAUGAUAUCACAUAAAAAUUUUCUGAAUAAUAAAGAAAGGCGUUAUUAAACU